AUGAUAAAAAUCAUUAUAUUUAUUUUAUUAAAUAUUAUUUUAUUUGUAUGUGGUACCACUUAUGUAAACUUUGAUCCACAUCCAAAGUGUUCACAAGAUGUCGGUGUUGGAAUAGGAUAUAGUUGGAUUACAAACAAAUGUUUAAAUUUUGGACAAGAUGGUAGUUAUUUAGUUGAAAUUGACCAAAAUGACCAAAACAAUGUAAAUUUUUAUUUCUUUAGUGAUCCAAAGUCCCAAUGUAAUAAAGCAGAAAACAAUGUUACCAAACAAUACAACAUAAACAACUGUUACCAAGUACAAUGGAAUUUAGACGGUGCUUUUUACGAUGUUACAAACUAUGCCAAAAUGAGCAUUGUAGAAGACCCUGGAUACAUCCAACCAGAAGGUUAUCGUUAUACACUCUACCAAACCCAAGAUACCCAAUGUCAAGCAGACUAUUUAUACUACCAAUAUUAUACCAAUGGCAUCAAAUUCCAUAAUACUAUGCAAACCUUCCUUUAUGAAUGUGUUGAUGAUGUUCCAUUUGAAGUACUUUGUACCCAAGAUUUACCAUGUAUUAACAGUACUAUCGAGUUUAGAUGUGUUACUUCAGAAUCAGGCCCAUAUUUACACUCCAUUACCUGCUAA